UAUGUCCCCUUUGUUAGUGUAUUGUUUUUGUUUCACAGUCAACAUGGCGGCUUACUGGUUCCAUCGUAACCCACUGAAAGCUACAGCAGCUGUAACUUUCGAACUUCAUGGCUCUACCACGGACCAAAUAAGCAGGAAAAUUAUAAGUGAUUUACGAAUGACCAGGAAUAAUUUACUGGAUCUUCUCACUGACCCUGGCCAUGAUAAGACAAUAAUUAUCAAAGCAUACACUGAAUAUUUUGCCUUCUUGCAAGGUCUUUAUCAGAACUAUGAAGGCCAAUCUGAAAAUAAGCUACAAAAAGCUAUCUACUUUAAAUGGACAAACACACUCAAAGGGAAAAUACCUGUAGUACAGAAAGAUGCAAUUUUCGAACAUGCUUCAAUGGUUGUCAAUGUUGCUCUCUGGUUUACCAAACAUGCUGCAAAGUUGGCAGCCCGUGAUAAUGUGGACAUGGAUGAAGCAAAGGAAGUUCAUAGAUGUCUUCGUAUUGCUGCUGGCAUGUUUACAUAUGUGAAGAAUGACUUGUGUGCAAGACUUGUAGACAUUGAUAGUGGUACUGAUUUGGAUGUUCGUGUUCUUGAUGCUUUCAUUUACCAAUCUACUGCCGAAGCUCAAGAAGUGACCACAGCACGAGCUAUUGAACUUAAACAUAGUGCCAGUUUAAUUGCUGCAUUAACAUAUGAAACUGCACAGCUCUACACAAAAGCUGAUGAUACUCUUUCCAGUUUAGAUGCUGAAACAGUUAACAAAUGGAGGAAAUACUUCCAACUAAAGAAAGAUUUCUAUACAGCCUACGCACAUACCUAUCAUGGAGAAACACUGCUGGCUCAAGACAAAUGUGGAGAAGCCAUCAAAUGCCUUCAGGAAGCAAUGAAAUAUUUUGAGAGAUCUAGUGCACGAUGUAAAGAAUAUAGUGCAGCAAAAGGAUCUGGGACACAAGCAAAGCCUCAUGAACACAUAUUCUUUAGAAAUCUUGGGCCAAAAGUACGAAGAACUUUGGAAAAAUGUGAAAGAGAAAAUGGAAUGAUAUAUCAUCAAAAGAUUCCUUAUGAUGCCCCAGUCAUUGAACUUAAAGCCACUUAUGGUCUUGUUACUCCUGAGGAAUUUCAGCCUAUCCCUGUGAACCCUAUUUGGACUCCUGCUGUCUACCAGAAGUUUGUUGUACCAGACACAGGUGUACUUGAAAAUAAAAAGCAAGAAGCUACGAAACAAGAAGAACUCCCAAAAGUACAAGAGAAAGAAUAUCCAAUGUCUGACAAGAAUGCGAAAAAUGAAACCGGCUGUCUAAUAUCAUAAUAUAUGUCUUUUGUCAAAAUUUUUGUUUGUUUUUUUUCUCUACUUCCAUAUAUGCUAAUAUGCACCUCUCUCUCUUUCUAUCUGACUCCCUCCAUAAUAAUGCUUAAGCUUUUAGUUCUGAGGCCCCAAUCUCUUCAUACUCACAUUCACAGCAUUUUCAUAAAAAUGUUUUGCAAGCAAUUUUUCCCAAGCAUGGGGUAUAUAUAUAUAUAUAUAU